AUCGGCUUGGCGUAGGCUUCUCUUCUUGACCAACUAAAACCCCACAAACUUGAGAGAUGGCACCCAAGAAGGCCAAGAGGAGGCAGCAGCAGGGUGAGGGUGGAUCCUCCAACGUGUUCUCCAUGUUUGAGCAGAGCCAGAUCCAGGAGUACAAGGAGGCUUUCACAAUCAUUGACCAGAACAGAGAUGGCAUCAUCAGCAAGGACGAUCUGAGGGACGUGCUGGCCACCAUGGGCCAACUGAACGUGAAGAAUGAGGAGCUGGAGGCCAUGGUCAAGGAGGCCAGCGGCCCCAUCAACUUCACCGUCUUCCUGACCAUGUUCGGCGAGAAGCUGAAGGGUGCUGAUCCCGAGGACGUCAUCGUGAGCGCUUUCAAGGUCCUGGACCCCGAGGCCACUGGCAGCAUCAAGAAGGAAUUCCUUGAGGAGCUCCUGACCACCCAGUGCGACAGGUUCACCGCUGAGGAGAUGACCAACCUGUGGGCUGCCUUCCCCCCUGAUGUGGCUGGCAACGUAGACUACAAGAACAUCUGCUACGUCAUCACACACGGAGAGGAGAAGGAGGAGUAAAUCCGCCUCUCUCAAGAUCUCUACCUCUGUCCGACCCCCUUACUCCCCUCCUCCAUCUACUCUCCCCCAUUCUCCAAAUCCGUGGCUCGCUUGCACACGCUCGCACCCUGGCCCGCUCUUCCUUCCCCUUGCCCGCGCACAACGAAAGACUUGUCUCCCUUAUCGAGAU